AUGACAUCAUUCAAUGGCGAUAAAAGUUCUAUUAUUGCAAAAAAUUACUAUGCUUUGGUCAUUUUAUUUCUUCUAUACUUUGUGGCUAUGCUUGACAAGUUUGUAGCUGAUGAGAUUAAAGCUGCACCAACAUUAUACUUAUUUGGUGACUCAACAUUUGAUGUAGGAACUAACAAUUUUCUCAACUCUAAAACAAAAGCAAAUAGCCCUUAUUAUGGGAUUGAUUUUCACAUUUCAUUUCCCACAGGAAGGUUUAGCAAUGGUCUCAACACUGCUGACCAAAUUGCUAGGCAAUUCGGUUAUACGAAAAGUCCACCGUCAUAUUUGGAUUUGGAGAAACUUCAAUAUACUUUCAAGCAGAAUAUUAUGGUUGGUGUGAAUUUUGCAUCAGGGGGUUCUGGAAUUCUUAGAUAUACAGGGUACAAACAAUCGGGAGAGGUGAUUUGCCUUGAAAAGCAGGUGCACCAAUUUGCAUCAGUCCACGAAAAUAUCACUAAGACAUUGGGGCCAGAAAAAUCUGCUAAUUUUGUUUCAAAGGCUUUGUUUCUGAUUAGCAUUGGUAGCAAUGACCUCUUUGAUUAUGAACGUAAUGAAAGUGGAGUAUUUCAUUUGGGCAAGGAAGAAAAUUUGGCUGUUCUACAGCAAAACUAUUACUCUUAUAUAACGAAACUGUAUGAAUUAGGGGCUCGAAAAUUCGGCAUCCUAAGCAUUCCACCAAUAGGAUGUUAUCCAGUUGUAACUUCUACCAAUGGAGGGAAUUGUGUGAAACCACUAAAUGAUUUUGCUGUUGCUUUCUACAAAGCAACUAAAACUUUUCUGCAAAAGUUAAGCUUGGAGUUGGAAGGAUUUGAGUAUUCACUUGGCAACAUUUAUGCAAUGUUCACCACCAUGUUAAAACACCCAUUGGUUUUUGGGUUGAAUGAUACGAAGUCAGCAUGUUGUGGAAUUGGGAAGUUGAAUGGAGAGGGUCCAUGUUUGAAAACCUUGAAAGAAAAUCGUUGUGGAAUUGGAAUGUUCAAUGAAGAUGGUCUACUAUUUAAAUCCUUGAAUGACAAGCUUUUGGGAAUAAGAAAGUUCUCUAUUGAGGAUUCUUGCGUGAAACCCUUGAACAUCAAUCUUUGUGUGAACCGUGAUAAUCACUUAUUUUGGGAUUGGUUACAUAUCACUGAGAGAGCUUCAAAGUUGAUAGCUGAAAUGGUAUUUGAAGGAGGGAUUGAGUUUGUGUUUCCGAAGAAUUUCAGUCAAUUAGUUUCUUGA